ACAUUUGACAAUGCGGUGAUAAAAGCUAGAAAAAAUUUCGAGAUUCCUUGUGUUAUGAGGUACGACUUAGACACUCAGUUAUGUUUUAAUAUAUAAAUAACGGCGAAAAAAAGGAUCAGAAUUUAUAAAAAUGGCGUCAAGCGGAAACCUAGGAAAUACCUCCGAAGAAACGUUUGAUAUGUUAUGUUCGGCGUGUAAAGAACAAAAUAUAAACAAGGAAGCUGAGAAAUAUUGCGUAGAUUGUCGGGAUUACUACUGUUCAGAGUGUUUGAAAUUGCACUCGUCACUUCCGGCACUGAAAGGGCAUAAACUUCUGGGUAAGGAAGCUGGUCAGAGUAGACAAUUACCCAUGGUGCCAACAGAACGAUGUGAGAGACACGACUUUAAAACAGUUGAUAUGUUCUGCCAGAAUCAUGACCAGAUUGGAUGUGGAACCUGUAUUGCGGUUGACCACAGAACAUGUCAAGAUGUGUUCUACAUACCGGAAUUUCUGAAGUCCAGGGCCAACGUUAUACCAGAAUUUCUACAGCGCAUGAAAAAUAUCGAAAACAAAUUUAAAGAGUUUCUUAAAACAUUUAGCGACGAAAUUGAUGAUCUGAAAGCAAAUAAACAAAGGGAAAUAGAAACCAUCAACACGUUUGCCAAGAAGCUUGAAGAAAAGAUUAAAGAGGCACAGCGAGAUGCUAUCUCUAAAGUGGAAGAGCGAUACGAUAAACUUAUGAUGAAAAUAAACAGAGACAUUGACAACAUAAAAAGAGAACAGGAGACUUUCGAGACAACAAAAGGUUUCAUUGAAUCUACAGUCGGGAAUAACUCUCAAGCUUUUGUUGCUAUGAAAUUAAAUGGAAACAAAAUUGCAACAACUGAAGCAGCAAGCGAUGGCAUCGCGAAGAUCAAACUUGGCCGAAGAGUUCAUUUCACGUUAGAUCCUAAGUUUGACGAGAUCAGUAAGGAACGAAUGUGCUUCGGGUAUGUCAACAUAAUACCAUAUAGCUUUGAAUAUAAAGGUACAGUUGACAUCAAAUUAAAUUCAGAUACAAAUUCAUGUGAUAUAUAUGGUUCAUGUGUCCUCCCAGACGGGUCGAUAUUGUUCGCUGACAGAAACAAUGAAAAUCUUAAGCUGAUUGAUGGUGUUGCUUUGACCGUUAUAGAUCACCAUGAUCUCAAGACUAUGCCAUGGGAUGUGUGUUGCUUAGAUGAUAAAGAAGUAGGAGUUAGUCUCGACAAUAAGAAAAAGGUUAAAAUCUUUAAUGUAGAUCAAAAAUUGUUCUACAAAUAUGAGCUUAGUUUCAGCUUUAGUUGUAGGGGAAUAUCGUAUUGUGAUAACAUACUUUACAUAUCUGAUUGGGAAAGCAUUUACAUGUGCAGUUUGGACGGGUCUAUCUUGAAAACAUUCGCAAGUAAUUUUACACCUUCAAGUAUUUACAAUAUAUUUGUGAGUAAACAGUGCAAUAGUAUUUUUGUAAGUAGUGAAUUCGGUGGUAAAGCCUUAUGCCUUAGCAGUCAAGGCAAUAUAUCUCAAAUUAUUUCAAACGAGAUUAUAUGGCCACGUGGUUUUGCAACUGCAUAUGAUGGAAAAGUUUUUGCAGGUGGAUUUUUGUCAGAUAACGUCAUUCUUCUAAACGAAAAGGGAGAGUUUGAAAAUGUUGUUAUCAGAAAAGGUCUAUCAAGGCCACAAGCUUUGUGCUUCAACUGUCACAAUGGUUGUUUGUAUGUUCCAAGCAUCAAUACCGAUAGCGUGCAAAUCUUUGAGUUGGAAUGA